UGCAUGAAGACGAGAGUUGCCGUAGUCGUAUUUAUUUUGACGCGCUGCCUGGCAGGUGCAAUGUACUCAGUUGUGCACUUCACGGACAUGGAUGAUGUUGCUGUGGUGCCGACUGACUGGAUUUCAGACGGAAUGUCUGUGUGGCCACCAUACAAGAGCACAGCAAGGAUAACGAGAGCGGUUCGAGAGACUGAAAACCCAGGAUUAGAUUGGGAACGCUACAGCUGUAGGGUGUUGUCUUCUGCUGAUUCUUAUGAAGUUGCAAGGCGAAGAGAGAGGAGAGCAGAGGAAGUGUCGGACCUUACCACAGAUGAUGACUCUGUCAAGAAACGUACAAGGAAGGUUCCGCUCAGGCUCCUUUCAAGUUCAGAAGACGAAGAUAAUGCAGAAGUUGUCCAGAAGGCCAUCGACAGGAGUAGAGAUACAUUAUCAUGAACGAGUUCAUCCUUCGUGCCACCACCACCACCACAGAACGUAGUGCGUCAUGCCAUGUCAUCACAGAUGAAGGCCCCGAAACGCAAAGGAGCUCAGAGUGACCUCAUAGCUUUGCAGGUAAAGACUCUGAAGCUACUGGAGAACAUAUGCUCAAGGCUUGAUGACCAUUUCAAAAUUCUGAAGAGUAUCGACGGCGAACAUGUUUCUGCGGUUUCAGAGCAAACUGUGUCCAGGCUGGCGUCUCUACUACCUGUGGCUUCAACAGCUGCUCUUCAAGAUUUGGAAGAUGCAUUAGACUCCGCUGAGAGAAGGGCACCUCUUGUAAGUUCUGUACUUUUUCAAAUAUUACCUCGUUUCAUAUUAGAUCUAUUUGCCGUUCCUCACAGUUACUUGCUACCAGCUAUGCUCUGAAAUAUGGUACAGUCUGACAGAGGUUUUGGCAUGUAAAUUGAAGUCUGUCAGUUGCAAAGCAUGAAUGUGAAUGGAAUGUGGACAUGAAUUUAGAAAUGGAGUAUGUUUUGUUUGCUGGAUCUCUGUAGUAAACGGACCAUUUCAUUUUCUAGGUCUUACAACUCUCAUUAAUAGGCGGCUCUUCAGCAAAGGAUGCUAUCCGCCAUAUUAUGCGUCGUUGCAUGGUAGACUCCCUUGCUAGUGAAUAUUGUAUGACUGGGAGCAGGGAUUUCCCUACACCCCCCUCAGGGGGGGUGUACACCCUCCCUGCAUUUUUGCAACACCCCCCCCCCCCUGAAAUUUCUCAGGUGACCCCAACCAACUCGGCCACCAGCACGUUCUAGCUGGUAGUGAGUCCGGCGCAGCGAAUUACAUCAUGUACUGUCAAACUUGGGCUGUAGGACCACAGCCAUGCAGAUGAUCGUAGCAUGCAUUUCUCUAAAAUCAUUUGAAAGUGACUGUUCAAGUGACAUAUAUUGCGCGCAUAUACGAGCAAAAAUGCGUGCAGGCCCGCAAACUCAAUGUGGAUCAUGAAGAACCAUUUGCGCCCAACUCAAUCAAGCGAGGUAUACUGCUUUUUUCGUCUAAGGGUUUCACCGUUGGUUGCUAGGUUCAUUGAGCUUCGUGAGACAAGGUGCUAGUCUUUUUUCUUUGUCGGUCGUGUCAUUAUGCAUCUUAAUGUUGAAAAGCCGUUCAUGAUGAAUCUGUAUUCUAAUGUACUGUGUUCUAACAUGUACAAAUAAAACGGGAAAGCUGUGCAAAUGUCACCAUUGUGCCACGAUUCUUUCCGUGUCUAAGAAAAAUUCCGUAAGCGGAACCUUGACCAAGCAUACACCCCCCCCCCCAUUGAAAGCUCGCCCCCCCCCCAGCAAUGAAUAUCUGGGGAAAUCACUGACUGGGAGAAAGGGGAAGACACCAUUUUCCAGUCUUCGACUUCUUUCUGUGAUUACCGGUAUGGAUGGCUAUUAGCAUUUCCUUUCAGUUGAUAAAACACUGCACUAAAGCAUUUCGUUUUUUUCUUCACAGAUGCGGUUCGUGCACAUUUUCCUGAGAUAACGGACACCUCAGUCAAAGGACUUGUAGGGGAAUGGCUGCGA